GGGACACACCAAUCGUUCAUCAUUUUAAUCAGUUUUAAAUUGAUAAUUAAUUGUUACACAGCCCUGGGGAACAGCAGCAGAGCCAGGACUCCAACCUGACCCUGUGGCUCUGGGAUCAGCCUGUUCUCCAUCCUCUGCCCAGGAUGCAGAGGAGACACAAACCCACUGCUCUGCCUCAGAGGAUGCUGCAGCUGGAAAUUUGGGACAGAGAGGCCCAAUUUUUAUUUUUUUUUUCUUUGGGGUUUUUUUGUGUGUUUGAGUGGUGAGUCCCAGCCCCCGAUUGCUGUGCCCCAGGCGUUUGUUGUGGCAUUAAUAAGCAAAAUCAGCGUGUGGGGACGGUGAUGUGCCAUGUGCCGGGGAGCAGCACCCUCCUGUGGGCCAGGCCUGAAUUCCUGAGCUGCGGGAAUGGCCGGGUUUGCUGCUACUCGUACUUUACAAUAGGUGUAGUUACAGCACCUGGUACUGCAUGCCCGGCCUUGCAAAAUCUCUGUCGUGUGUGUCGGUGUUCCUUCAGAUAAAUCGGUCUGGGCCAGGGGAGGUUUGGGUUGGAUUUUGGGACAGGUUCUGUCCCCAGAGGGUGCUGGCACUGCCCAGGCUCCCCAGGGAAUGGUCCCGGCCCCGAGAGCUCCAGGAGAGCUUGGACAACGCUCCAGGGAUGUCCGUGGUGGGAUUUUGGGCCAGGAGCUGGACUUUGAUGGUCCUUGUGAGUCCUUUCCCUUUAUCCUGUGGUUCCAUCCCAGGUUCUGUGGCUUUCUCAGGUCAUGGCCAGUAAGAGCCAGAAAAACCUGCGAGCAGCUGUGAGGGCAGUUCUGGGCAGCUCUUGUGACAUUGUGGCUGCAAACGUGUCCUUGAGUGAUGGAAAAUAUUUUCCUGGCCCAGAAUGGCUCAGCUUUUACCUGAGGAUGCCUUUUACCUUAGGGGACCUCUGUGCACAGGCUGCAGUUUCUGUCUUGGUGCCAAUAACAGAGUGAAAGGAGCACUCGGGUGUGGGGAAUGCCCGCAGGAGCUUCCUCCUGGAAAGCAGAGAACAACCUUCACCUCCAGCAAAACGAGCCUGGUUCACAGCUGAGAUAAGCAGGUUUAGCCUAACCUAACCUGCUGACACCUUGUACCUGUGCUGCUUUAGGCUCUGCCUUACCUGGGUUAACUGAGCCUUGCCAUCCACGCUGCUGUAGCUGGUGGGACCCCCCAGCCCCAUCUCCUGCCUCUGGGGGCUGCUUGGGACCGGUGUCCCAGGGCUCCAGCCCCUUCAGGACCCUCCACACAAACUUCUCAGUGCUUUGUUACAGCUUUUGCAGCACUUCCUCAGGAAGAAACUUCACCACCCCUGUUCCCAAACCUCUUGACUCCCACCACACCCUGUGACAGCAUCCCAGUGUUUGAGUGGUGGGAAAAAGCUUCUCCUUCUGUCUAAAAUCUGAUGGAAGAGCCAAUAUUGUCAUGUGGCAGGAGAUUGGAUUGGGUGUUAGAAGGGAAUUCUGCACUGGGUUGGAAGAUCAUCUCAUUCCAAACACCUUCCACUAUCCCAGGUCAGCUCCAAGCCCUGUCCAAGCUGGAUUUGGACACUUCCAGGGAUGGGACAUCUUUUCUGAGCCCCCUGUGCCAGGUCCUCACCCCCCAAACAAUGACAACCUGGGCUGGGUGCAAUUCAGUAUGAAAUAGAAAUGUGUUCUCCAUGCUCUGACUCCACUGUAUUCAUCUGGAAUCAAUUUAACCUCUUUGCAGAGCCAUUACAGCCCUUCCAAUAAUUAACUGGAUAAUCUGGAGAAGGCUCACAGGCACUGGGAAUGUGUCAAGCAGGGAAAAACCUGGGGACAGCAACAAGGGGCAGCAAAAGCUGGUAAGGAAUUUAUUUCAUCCUUGUUGUAUAAAGACAAAAUGCUCCCCAAAACCUCUGGAGCUGAUGUGCUUGGCUCUUUUUUUUUCCCCCAUCUUCCAGGAGGGAAAAUGUUCUUUAUUGCUGUUUAUUUGUAGUUCCCCUGCUCCCUCUCAGCCCCCACAUACAGUCCCAGGGGCAGUGACAUUUUUGGCCUCUCAGUAUUUGUGUUAUCUUUGCCCUGCUGCAGCCCCUGCCAGCGAACAGGGGGCUGCAAAAACUGCUCUGUUUCCUGGGAUGUGUUAUCUCUUGCAGAAAUGCAAAUAAUCCCUUUCCAAGAAACAACUGGAGAGGUUCUGUUCAGCUUUUUUUUCCCUUGGGUGCUUCUGUUGAAUUUUGCCAUCUCAGCAGUGGCACCAGUUCUGGGCUUGUCUCAUUUUCCUUGUUUUCCCCUUAAAAAUGUUGCUGUUUUGCAGUAAAUACAUUUCAAGUGAAGCUGACCUGGCAGCCAUCCUGUCCAGCCCCCCAGCUGAAGGUGAGGAAAAGCAUCUCUCUUAACCUGGCACCUUUACCUGGCUCACUUCCUAGUUUUAUUUACUUUUUUUAAUAAAAAUUGUCAUCUAAGUGCUGGGGAGCAGUGGGGACAGCCACGUCCUAAGUCAGGCUGGCCCUGAGAGGCUUCCAGAAGCCAAAUAAUCACAAAUGUAUUUACAAACCCUAAAGCAAACCAGGACCCCUUUGUGCAGAGCAGUUAAACCCAAGGAAAACUGGAGGUGCCAACACUAAAACAAAAGGGAUGCAUUGACACAGCAGCACAGAGUUCAACUUGCUGCAUUUACCUGUUGCAAAAUGCCUGGAUAACAAUCACAGACACAGGAAAUUCCAUGGUUUUUGCUAACUUGGAGCUGGAAAACAGCAGCUGCUGCUCCCACAUUUCCUUGUACCUGGAGCUUGUCUGCUCUGCUGUUUCUCACCAGGCUGCAGAUGGAUGGAUGGAUGAUGGAUGGAUGGAUGAUGGAUGGAUGGAUGAUGGAUGGAUGGAUGAUGGAUGAUAGAUGGAUGGAUGGAUGGAUGUUCAAUUGCUCACACUCCAUGCCAGGAAUAAAAUCUUUGGAUUUCAUGCUCUGGAAAGCACAGGCAGGGUCCUGUCUCCACCUGCAUUGUCCAAAAUGGUCUGUGCAGCCCAGCCUUGCCCAGGAUGGAGCUGAACAUGGAGCGAGUUUAUAGUGGCAAUAAAGAGCAAGCCUGGAAGAUGCUUUUGGAAACAAACUGUUCCAGCUGUGCUGACCUUGCAUGGGGAAGGCAGCACAGCCCCGGGUGGCUCAAGGUCACCUGAAGGUCCCUGGUGGGUUUCUUUUUUGUGAUGCAUUUCCCACAGAAAAUGUGAAACUUUUGUGUUUUCUGCCCUUGCCUCACCUCAUCCAGAAAAAGGAAUUGCAGAGAUGUCACCAGGGGUGUUUUACAGCCCCUCUGCUGGGAUGGAGGACGUGGAGUGGCCUCUCCUCAGAGCCCACAGAAUUUCCAGCACAGAGAACCAAACUCACCGGGAAACCAGCGGGGACAAGGAGCUUGGGAACUGCAAAAAGUCUGGAAUAUUUAAAGUAUGGAAUAUAUUGAAAUAGAUAUUUAUUAUCUGAGUAUACAAAAACAACUGUGAGUUUGAACACAAGGAAGGGGAGAAAAAAGUUCUGAGGGAGGAUGGCAGGGAAGGAUUGGAGGCAGAAGCCUCAGAGAGGUGGAAGAGCUUCAAAGCUCUAUCAGGGCAUAAAGGAAAUCUUAACAAAUAAAAGAGCUCCAGAAUGUAUAAAUGAAGAUGGAAUUUGGAAGGAAAAGCAGCAGCAGGCAGUGGCAGCAGGCUGGAGGCUGAGGUAACCUAAAUCCUGCCACGCAAGAAAAAGUGUUUGCCCCAUUUUUGUGCUGGACAGGGCAGAGAUCCAGAGCUGGAUCUUCCUAAAUUAGAUCAAACCCAAAGAUGGAUUGUGCUCAACUGUAUCUCAUCCCAGGGAACAAUCAAAAGUCCAGCCUGGCCAGCUCUUCAAUGGCUGACUCAUCACUUCUUCAGUGAAUUUUAAGAUGAAGGAUUCGUAGAGAAAAUGGAAAUUUGGGUAAUUUGCGAGGGAAGAAAAUGGAAAAAGAAAAUGAGUGAGUAGAGACCACAUCAUCCAGGCCAAGGCACAAAAUGAGCUGUAACCAGGAACUGUACAAAGGGUGUGAAAGGAUCAUCCCAGCACAGGAGGAAUGAGGAGGCCAAGGAAAGAUGGAGUGAGAUACUGAGAGCAGGGGAAGGGAGAGGGGAACUCUCAACCGUGCACCUGGAAAUACACGAGCUCUGGAGGAAUGGCAGGGGAAAGAGAAUUGAUAUAAAUAGAUAAAAACAUGGAGCAGCUGCCUCCUUAGCAUGUGCUCUCAUUUUCUCCUGCUGCCAGAGAACACGGGUGUUUCUUAUUUAUUUACUCCUAAUUACUGAGAUCCAGACUUCCCCUGAUGAGAUAAGUGUAGCUCAGGAUGCUGCUUUUCCCCUUCUCUUCCCUCAGGGUGUCUACCCAGCAUCUACAUCCAAACCCUGUGGAAAUUCCACCUCUCCAUCCCCACUCCAGCUCUCCCAGUGCCCCCUGUGCUCUCAGCCCCCUCUCCAAGGAAAGGCAUUUAUCCAUGGGGCAUGGAACAACCAAAAAAUCUGGAUUAGCUCAGUGGAAAAGAGAUGGAAAAGAAGGAGGCAGAGCAAGGGAAGUGGGAGUGUGUGCUGAGAGGUCUGGUGGAGGUUGUUGGCACAGCUGACAAGGGCAGAGCAGUUCCAGCUGGCAUUUAUGAGGCUGCUCUUUCUGUUCAGGGUGAUGAACAGUCCUUUUUUUCCUGGCUGCUGGUGCAAUUGCUCACCUUUACCAAAUAAUAUGACCCUGCUCUUCUCCCAGUUGUGUUUCUGCACAGCAAAGCCCCUUGUUACGUGUGCUGGUCUCUAAAAGGCUCUGCAAAAUGUGAAUUGUGUAGAUUUGGCACAUCCAAAGUUCUGCUGUCUCCCUGAAAUAACCUGUGGCACCACAGCUUUGCUCUCUGCUUUACAGAGCCUCUGUGGGGGAAAAACUGCCAGGAAAGGAAACUCAUUCUGGAACGAGCUUUGCUCCUUGGUUUUUGGCACAAAAGCUUGUCCAGAAUAGAUGAAAACCUGAGAAGCCCAGCAGGACCUCAGCUCGCUCAGUUCAGGGAGGGGCAGAGCAGAGAGGUGUUUUUCCAUCAUUCCCCUUGUUUAGCAAACACUUCUCCAGAUCCAAGCAAUCCUCUUAUCUGGCAGGACCACUUUUCUAAGCCCCUUCAAUCAUUCUUCGUGUCCAGGAGGAGUUGUCAGCCAAAAUACCCUCUCAGCAUGGUGUUUGUUUCCCAAACACAGCUCUGUUUGGUGGCUGCACCAUCUCCAGCAGCUGAUAAAAGAGCCAUGGCUCGCUUCAGGAGCUCAGAUCCCAAGGGAAGAGGCUCCUGGGCCAGGUUUCCCUGUGCCCAGGGGUGGCUGCGAGGUGCAGACAGGUCUGUCCCCAGGGGAGGAGAAGCCCCAGGUGGGGAGGGAACACCCAACUUGCAGCCAGAGCUGCGCUGGGGCCAUGGAGGGCACGUCCAGCAAAGCUCAGGAGGCUCCUGCCACUUUUAUCACCCUGGAGGAGCACGAGUCCCCAGGCUGCAGCAGCAGGGAGCUGAUCCUGGAGCGAGCCAGAGCCGCCUGCAGCUGCAGCCCCCGAUCCCUGCGCCGGCUGCUGCCCGUGCUGGAGUGGCUGCCCCGCUACAGCCCCCGCACCCAGCUGCUGGGGGACGUCGUUUCGGGGCUCCUGGUGGGGAUUGUGGCCAUCCCUCAGUCCAUCUCCUACUCCCUGCUGGCCAACCAGGACCCCAUCUAUGGCAUCUACACCAACUUCUUCUGCAACAUCAUCUACGCGGCCACGGCCACGUCGCGCCACGCCAGCGUGGGCUCCUUCGGGGUGCUGUGCCUCAUGGUGGGGCAGUCGGUGACGCGCCACCUGCAGCUGGCGGGGUACGGGGACAGCGGUGCCGCCCUCGGGGACAACUCCAGCUCCCCCAGGAACGGGACAGAGGCCUGUGACAGGAGCUGCUACGCCAUCACCGUGGCCCUCUCCUUGAGCUUUCUGGUCGGUCUUUACCAGGUCCUGCUGGGGCUUUUACAGAUGGGCUUCGUGGCUGUCUACCUGUCAGAGCCUCUGCUGGGGGGCUUCGUGACCGGCUCCAGCCUCACCAUCAUCACCUCCCAGAUGAAAUAUCUGCUGGGCCUGAAAAUCCCUCGUCACGAGGGGGUGGGCUCCUUCAUCCUCACCUGGGUGGACCUUUUCAGGCACAUCCACACCACCAACAUCUGUGACCUGCUCACCAGCCUGGUGGCUUUGGCCAUCAUAGUGCCCAUCAAGGAGCUCAACGAGCGCUACAAGGAGAGGAUGAAGGCCCCGUUCCCCAUCGAGCUGCUGGUGGUCAUCGUAGCCACGGUCGUCUCUCACUACUUUGACUUUGAGCAGCGCUACCAGGCCGCUGUGUGUGGGGACAUCCCCACGGGCUUCAGGAAGCCCACUGUCCCUGACAGCAGCCUGUUUCCCAGCCUGGCACUGGACGCUCUGCCCAUCGCUGUCAUUGGCUUCGCCAUGACCGUGUCCCUGGCAGAAAUCUUUGGCAAAAAGCACGGCUACGCCGUCAGCGCCAACCAGGAGAUGAUCGCCAUCGGCAUGUGCAACCUCAUCCCUUCCUUCUUCUACUGCUUUGCCAGCUCUGCUGCCCUGACCAAGACGCUGCUGAAGGAGUCCACGGGGAGCCAGACCCAGGUGUCAGGGCUGGUCACCUCCCUGGUGCUGCUGCUGGUGCUGCUGUGGAUCUCCCCGCUCUUCUACUCGCUCCAGACCUCCAUCCUGGGGGUGGUCACCAUCGUCAACCUGCGGGGCGGCCUCAGCAAGUUCCGGGACACCCCCAGGAUGUGGCAGCUCAGCAAGCUGGACACGGUGGUGUGGUGGACAACCAUGCUGUGCUCCACGCUGGUCACCACGGAGAUCGGGCUCCUCGUGGGCGUUUGCUUCUCCCUGCUCUGCAUCAUCUUCCGCACGCAGAGACCCCGGGCCACGCUCCUGGGCAAGGUCAGCAACAGGGAGAUCUACGAGGACCAGGCCACCUACAAACAGCUCAGCAGCAUCGCCAACGUCAAAAUCUUCCGCUUCGAGUGCUCCCUCUACUACGCCAACAAGGAUUAUUUCAGGGCUGCUCUGUACCAGAAAACCGGGGUCAAUCCCGUGCUGCUGGCCACCAGCCACCCUGGGCCGGGGGCCACCACAGCCACAGGCAGCAGCAGGGGCUCUGGGGACGGCUUUGGCUGCCUGAAGCAGGCCAGGAGAAGGGCUGAGACACCUCCAGCCCGUCUCCCCUGCAGGGAUAUGCACACCCUAAUCCUGGACUGCGGGGCCAUGCAGUUCAUAGACACCGCGGGGCUCUCUGUGCUGAAGGAGACGCACCACGACUACCUGGGGGUGGGGGUCCAGGUGCUCCUGGCCAACUGCAACCCCUCCAUCCGCCGGCGGCUCCGGGAGGGAGGCUGGGCCGGCCAGGCAGGCGCUGGGGGCCCGCUGCCCUUCCACAGCAUCCACGAUGCCGUGCAGUUUGCUGAGCGCUGCCACCGCGGGGAGAGCAGGGACGCACAGGCUGCGCUCCCCGACCCCGGAGAUGUGAACUUGCAGGUGUCUUUGUAGCCCUGGUGCGAGGAAAGGCUUCCAACGGGGAGCAGGCUCGGUGUUUGGGCCACCAGAGAGAGCAGGAGGGGCUGGGAUGGGGCAGAAGGGUCAGAGAGGGGUU